ACUGGUGGGGAUGGUGAUGGAGUUUUUCGAAAGACUGCAUGGAUGCCUUCUGGAGAUGGACCGUCUGCUCAAUAUCCAGCUGUUUCAGUACAAACUUCUUCAGACAGUUCUUCAGAUGAAGAUGAAAAUUCCUCUGAGAAGAAUUCUCAUGAAAAAACAAUCUUAGGUAACCACAAUGGCUCCUCUUUGACUGUAAAACCUCCUGUAUAUAACCUUGAUGACCGACCAAUAACUCCUCUACGUCAAACAUUCCCUUCAGGAUCUGAUAUUUACAAGGAAUUUGAAGAUGGAAUCCCUACAACUGCACGGCUAGCUGAGGAGUAUUAUACUCCUGACUUUGAAGAUGAUGAAGAUGAGGAGAUGACAUUGUGUAACACUGUAGAAGACACAUACCAGGACAGAGAAAUGAUGCUUAAUUAUCUUCAAAAUGCUCUAAGUUACCCAGAAGAUCAAAGCAACACUUUAACAACUGACUAUAGUGGAGCAUUUGGACCUGAAGCUCGAAGUAACAGAAUUAAAAAUUUAAGACGAGAAUGCAAGAUAGCACUGGGACCAGAGAUGUUUCAGAAUGUUUACAAAUACCUAUGGCAAGUUCGCUUAAAGAAAAUAAGAGAAACCUGUCUCAAUGAAGAAGAGAUGAAAGGUUUGCAAGAGAUAGUGAAGGAAACAAACUAUGGAAUGAUGGUGGAACAAUUGAUUUUCUUUGAAGAACAGGAGAACCCUGGAAUGUUUAAAUAUUAAAGCAGAUUGUCUUUAUUAGACGCAUAAUAUGCUAGAAAUAAACCCAGACAUCAGAUCCAAUGAGUUCUACAGAACUAUAAAUUAGCUUGAAACGUAUGGGCUAAUUCUCUUACCAUUGUUUGUUCUUGUUCCAGAUUCUCAUUGGUUGUCCUUUGGUAACAACUUAAUGUACAGAUUUCACUGCUUUUGACUUACCACAAAUAUGACUUUUGUAAAAACGAGUGUUAACAAUUGAAUUAAUUGCAGUGCAUUUUAGUGACUCAUAAUGAUUGAAAAGCAGUUGGCCUCAGCUUCUAAGAACAUGUAGGUUCUAAACUCAAUACUGUAAUAAAUAGUUUUAUGGCCUAUUAUUGCUACCAACCUGAUGUCAUUAUUUGCUUACAGGAAUUGAUUUCCUUAUGUACAAUAUCAAAGCUCAUGUUUGGAGUAUAGUAACCGCUAGCAUAAAAUUGUAUGUGAUUCUUC